GCCAGCACUUACAUACAGGUAUCAAUCUUUCAUGGGGAACGCCGCCGCCAAAGAAGCCGCCACCCCACCGCCAGCGCCAGCCAAGGAGCUGCCAACGCAGCAGAAGACGGAGCCGUCGUUCCGCGUUCUCUCGGCCGAUCAGCGUGCCAUCACCUUUGAUGAGCGCAAACACCUGCGAACUGGCGCCGACGCUCGCGCCGACCGUGUGACCCUCGGUGCCAUGGCCGACUUCCGGCCUCUGCAGCGCGCCGCUACGUUUGACCCACGUCUGCGCUCGCAGAAGCAGCUACUGACGGCGUCCGACGUGAUGCACCGACGUUUCUUUAACGCAUGCGAGCGACGCGUAAGUACGAGCGCAGAACGCAACCUGUUCCGCAUCGCUGAAGGUGACAAGGAGCGCCAGGAGGCAAUUGUGGUCGUGGAUCCGUAUUCGACGGGUAGUACCAUGGCCGAGAAGGUCCUGGAGCGUGGCUAUCUCUGCGUCUGCGUCUACUCGGAUACUCUCGAAGUGACACAGGAGCGUAUCUCACACGUACCGAAGGAACUGGCAUCCAAAUUCCUAGCCAUCAUUUACCACGACGGAGAAGCCGAACGCAAGGACGCGAGCAAGGCGCUCCAGGACACUUCGGCUGCUCUGCGUCGAGUCAAGAACGUGGAUAUCGUCGGGAUCUUCGCGGGUGCUGAGACGGGCGUGCUUCUGGCGGACAAGCUGUCGGAGCACUUUAAGCUCACUACAAACGGCACGAGCGGCUCGAACGCGCGCCGCAACAAAUAUCUCAUGGGCGAGAAGGUUCGCGCUUCGGGUCUUCGUGCCGUGGCUCAAGUGCAGGCCGCCAAGUGGUCGCAGGUCGAGAGUUUCGUCAAGAAUGAGCUCAUUCCGAUGCUCAAAGGUGGAGACUUCAAGGUGAUCGUCAAGCCUGUGGAAAGCGCGGGUAGUGACGACGUCAUGUUGUGUCACUCGAUGGAGGAAGUGCGUGCAGCUUUCGGCAAUAUUCAGGGCAAGAUUAACGGACUGGGACUCGAGAACCAGGCCACGUUGGUGCAGGAAUAUCUGGAAGGCACUGAGUACGUCGUGGAUACAGUCAGUCGCAACGGUGUGACGAAGGUUGUAGCUGUGUGGGAGUAUGAUAAGCGUGCUGUGAAUGACGCUCCCUUCGUGUACUAUGGUGUUCUAUUGCGUGCAGCUCCGGAUGGCUCCGUGCUGGCCAAAGUGGCCGACUACGUGCUAAAGGUGGUGAAGGCUCUGGAAAUCGACCACGGUCCUGCACAUGCUGAAGUGAAGGUUGUGAGAGGUGAACCGUGUCUUGUGGAGAUUGGCUCACGUUGUCACGGUGGAUCUGGCUCGUAUCUGCCCAUAGUGACGCCCUGUCUUGGCUACAAUCAUGUAGACGCGGCAUUGGACUCGUAUUUGGAUGCAGAAGCGUUUGAACGACUGCCAGACCGUCCGAAAGAGCUCAAAUCGUAUGGCUGCGAAGCCAUGCUGGUGUCGUAUGAGACAGGAAAGCUAGCAGGUUACCCAGGCCAACAGGAGAUCGAAGAGUUGUCGUCUACAGUCUCCACAGUAUGGUACACGCAUGUUGGAGAGGAGUUGAAGACCACCGUCGACAUGUUUUCGACCCCUGGCAGUGUUAUUCUGGUCCACAAAGACGAAGAGCAGCUAAUUUAUGACUACGGACGCAUUCGUGAGUUGGAACACAAAGGACUGUAUGAACUGGAGCCUGAAGAAGAAGCUGAGUCAAAGCCAAAACGGUUGCAUGGUACUGUAGUGGUGGUGGACCCUUUCUCGACUGGAGCUGUGCUGGCUCACGAACUUAUGGUCCGAGGCUACGACUGCAUCUGCGUGUACAGCGACCGUCUCGAGAACAUCGAGAGUGUUGCUAGCCUGGUGCCAGAAGGUCUUACGCUGGAGUUUGCAGCGACUGUUGCGUUUGAAGGGAAUCUGGACCAGACUGUGAGUGCGAUUCGUAAAGCUGCAACGCAGGUGGCAGACAAGCGCAGCAAGAAGAAGAAACAGAGAGUGAAGGCCAGCGCUGCAGUGUGUGCAGUGUUUGCCGGUGCAGAACUCGGUGUCAAACUGGCCGAUGCUCUCAUCGAUGCCCUGGGGCUGGAAGGAAACGUCUUGGACCAUUCAAACGCUCGUCGCGACAAGUAUCUGAUGGGCGAAACUCUUCGCUCGGCUGGGGUGCGUGCUGUAAAGCAGGUGAAGGCCAAGACGUGGGCUGAAGCUGAGGAUUUUAUCACGCAGGAUCUUAAACCAGAACCUUUUGAAGUGGUGCUCAAACCCCUGGAGAGUGCGGGCACUGAGGACGUUGUUCUGUGUCUAUCGAUUGAGGAGGCGCAGCGUACGUUUGGCGGUAUCCUGGGCAAGAUUAAUGGUCUUGGAAUUCAGAAUGACGCCGUGUUGCUACAGGAGUUUCUAGAGGGCGACGAGUAUGUAGUGGAUACUGUCAGCCGCAGUGGUGAGCACAAGGUGGCGGCGAUCUGGAAGUAUGACAAGCGCCGUGUCAACGAUGCUGCGUUUGUUUAUUUCGGGCUGUCACUGGUGCCUGCUGAGGGAAUCAUCAACGAGAUGAUCGACUACCAGUUCCAAGUGCUCGACGCUCUGGGCAUUCGCGAAGGACCUGCCCAUGGAGAGGUGAAAUUCUGCGGCGGCUCGCCGGUACUGAUCGAGGUUGGCUCGCGUUGUCACGGCGGUGAAGGAGCGUGGGUUCCUAUCGCCAACAUGUGCGUGGGUUAUAACCAAGUGACUGCAGCCGUUGACAGUAUUUUAGAUGGCGAGGCUUUUGCCAAGCUUUCCGACCGACCCACUAAGCUGCUUGCUUACGGCUGUGAGGCUAUGCUAGUGUCGUACAAGAAUGGUGUCUUGAAGAGUAUACCAGGUAUAGCCGAGAUUGAAAAGAUGCCAGCUUUCCUUAAGAAGGAAAUCUUCGUCGGGCCAGGAGACAAUAUGCGUCAGACGGUUGACAUGUUCACGACGCCGGGCAGUAUUAUGCUCACUCACAAGGACCACAACGUUCUCGAGAGAAACCUUGCCCGUAUUCGUGAACUCGAGGUCGAAGGAUUGUUCGAAGUGGAGUAG